AUGAAGUCAGUUUUAUUAAUUGGUGGUUCUGGAUUUCUUGGUUUACAUUUAAUUCAACAAUUUCUUGAACAUCAUCCAGAUUUAAAAAUUACAGUAUUUGACGUACGUCCAUUACCUGAAAAAUUAUCAAAAUAUUUUACAUUUGAUUCAUCAAAUAUACAAUUUUUUAAAGGUGAUUUAACUAGUGAAGAAAGUGUCAAGACUGCAAUUGAAGAAAGUCAAUGUGAUGUUAUUGUUCAUUCUGCAUCUCCGAUGCACGGUUUACCACAAGAAAUAUAUGAAAAGGUAAAUGUUGAAGGUACGAAAAAUUUAUUAAAAGUAGCUAAAGAAAUGAAAGUUAAUAAAUUUGUUUAUACUUCUUCAGCUGGUGUUAUAUUUAAUGGUCAAAAUGUUUAUAAUGCAGAUGAAUCUUGGCCAUAUCCUGAUGUACACAUGGAUGGUUAUAAUGAAACAAAAGCAAUUGCUGAAACUGAAGUCAUGAAUGCAAAUGAUGCCACUUUUAAAACUGUCUGUUUACGUCCAGCUGGAAUAUUUGGACCAGGUGAUAGACAAUUAGUUCCUGGUUUAAGAGCAAGUGCUAAAUUAGGACAAUCAAAAUUUCAAUUAGGUGAUAAUAAUAAUUUAUUUGAUUGGACAUAUGUUGGAAAUGUUGCAGAUGCUCAUGUAUUAGCAGCUGAACGUAUAAAUGAACCAGAAAUUGAAGGUAAAACUUUUUUCAUAACUAAUGAUUCACCAACCUAUUUUUGGACAUUAGCUAGAACUGUAUGGAAAAAUGAUGGAAUUAUUGAUAAAUAUUAUAUUAAAUUAAAUAGAACUGUUGCUAUUGGAUUAGGUUAUUUAUCAGAAUUUUUUUCAAAUUUGAUGGGAAAAGAAGCUGGAUUGACUCCUUUUAGAGUUAAAGUUGUAUGUGCUACAAGGUAUCAUAAUAUAGAAAAUGCAAAAAGAUAUUUAGGUUAUAAACCAAAAGUUGAUUUGGAAACUGGUAUAAAAUAUACAUUAGAUUGGAUGAAUGAAAAUUAG